AUGAUCGGGCCGAGCAUCCCAGAGAUCAAGUCUUAUGAGGACCACUCUGCAACGAUGGACCAGGCAGUUGCUUUGCUUGCAACCAUAAAUGAUAGCGUUGCAAAUGCAAACCAGAAACCAGAUGCCUUACACAAUGCCGCAGAGGCCAGUGCCAUCGAGGCCGUGAGUCCGAACAUUACACCCGAGGUCAAGGAGGAGCCGCCUUUGUCCGGAGAAGGCAUCACACACAAUCCCGAUACCAGCGAAACUGGAGUCGACGGGAAUACAACUACGGCGAUCCUGAAUAGCCCAAAAAGCCCACUUCACGUUGUCUUUGUUGAUUUUUUUGGCACACGUUGGAUCCUCCCAUACGAGGACUCCAAAACUUGGAAUGGUGUCAAAAAACUAGUCAAAAAUAUCUUCGUUGACGUAUAUGUCGCUGAAUGGCUGACAGAGUAUCUUGACGACGAGGAAGAGGGCCCUGGGCAAUCAUUUUCCAUUGUGAAAAUCAAGCCCGAGCGCUCAAAUGUCCUUUCGACUCACUGGGAAAGACUGGUAUCACCUGGAUGGGAGUUCAAGAUUGAAUUCACAUUGGAUGUGAUCUAUGAACUCCGCAAGGAGAAACGGCUUGCAAAACAAGAGUCUCAAAGCGAGGAGGAGGAGGAAACUGACAAGGAGAUUGAAGCCGAGGCGAAGGCUAAGGAACUCAGCAAAAUCGUGUAUGUGGCAAAGUACCUGGCUCCGGACAGAGAUGGUGAUUAUAUCCGCCGUGAAACCAAAGCGCAUAGCGAAAAGACGAGCCUGUUGAAGGAUUUCACCGAAACCCCAAAGUCCAUCCUUGAGGAGCACAGGGAGGUCUAUUUCAGUAAUAGAACGGUGACCAACGUUGAGGAGACCAUGUAUGAUACGAUUGGCAGUCCAGUGCUUUUCGUCCACUCGCCAAUCCUCCUUAAUGCCCUCAAGGCCAUCAUUGGAUGCCAGGCACUCCCAGACAUGAUUGAGCCCGUGGAAUAUCGCGCCAAACUCGUGGAGAGUGAUCUUGGACGGGGCCAAUUUGUCUAUCCUUUUACUGACCUUCAUCAUUAUCGAGAGAGACUGCUUCAGUAUAAAGAAGAAGUGAGUGAGAUCCAUGACAACGAAUACAGCGCCACAUGUAGGGAACACAUUGACAUUCUAUUCGAAUAUCUCGACAAUCUACCGGAAACGGGCUUGAAAAGUGCGGAGCUGCUCUGGAAGGACGAAACCCCCAGGGUCACUUUUAGCUCUCUCUGGCUCCUGCUUAAAUCUGGAGCUGACGUGUUCGUCCAAGAAGAAGGAAAGCUGAAUGCCUAUGUGAUUGAAUCGUUCGAGGGAGGCGUACAGUGGCAUUCCCCCUUCGCCCGCUCACUCCCGUACACGGUGAAUGUCUGGAAUCUCAACUUCAAUGGCCAAUAUCUGGGCCGCUCGGUUAGACAAGUCAAAAUCCCGGUCUUUGACGGUCCACGCGAGAUAAAUUCGCUUCCUCUAUUUCCAGUUCAGUUUCACGUUGAGGAGGACCCACAGAAUCCUCUCCGUGAGCAGUUGAUAGAUCGAGGGAAGAAAUUUGUCAACAUGGUGAAGACACCUACUUUUCAAGAAUACAAUGGUCCAAGCAGGCUGCAAGGGAAUCGCCAGUUCAAGCAAGCGCGAGUCAUCAUUGAUCACACGAGUCAGCCAUGGAAAUUGAAGGAACUUGAAGAGGAAAAAUAUGCUCAUCGUCCAAUUGAAGAAGUCUAUGGGGUUGAUCUUGGCAAACGAACACGGGAACCCAAAUGCCUAUGCAAAACAUGCGAGACCAACAAUUUGCAUCGCGUCGUCCAACGGCGUACCUUCGAUGACUACGACAUUAUUGAUCUGACGUCAAAACCUACCUUGAGUGACCACCAGUAUCUACUCUGCUGGUCGCACGUCUAUGGAUACGUGCUGAAAGAUCGCGCAUGGGAUGUGCUAGAAGUAUCCGGGCUGAGGGAUCCAAAGAUACACAAGGGCAUCAUUGAUACGCUGGUGAUGAAGCCAGAAAGCAACAAGCAAUUGAUUAAGGCCGUCUGCGAGACAUUCGGGGGAACUUAUACGCAGGCUUUCUCCUCCGAUUUUAUUCAAGGGAAAGGAGAGGGACAGAUCUUGCUCCUUCAUGGUCCUCCCGGAACGGGAAAGACCCUCACCGCUGAGUCUGUGGCGGAGUACACCGGUCGGCCUCUUCUGAGCAUUACUGCUGCCGAUCUGGGCCAUGAGCCAGAGCCGCUCGAGUACAAUUUGCUUUCGUUCUUCCGAAAUGCGAGAAAAUGGAACGCAAUCGUUCUUCUCGACGAAGCCGACGUUUAUCUCGAAACUCGAUCCCCCCAGGAUCUUCGACGUAACAGCAUUGUUUCCAUCUUUCUGCGAGCCCUCGACUACUUCCAAGGUAUUCUUUUCCUGACGACCAAUCGCGUGGGCAGCUUUGACGAAGCCUUCAUGUCCCGAAUCCACGUGCAGAUCGGAUAUGAUCCACUCGAUGAAGAUUCGCGAAAACAGAUCUGGGAUGGCUACUUUAAGAAGUUGUCCAAAAACCAUGAAGAUGAGGGUCAGGAAAUCCGUUGUUCUUAUGAUGCCAAAGAAUUUGUUCGGAGGUCGGACGAUCUCCGAGCCCUCAACUGGAACGGCCGUGAGAUACGAAAUGCCUUCCAAACUGCCGUAGCUCUUGCUUGCUUCCAAGCCAAGCAGGAAGGGAAAGACAUCCCGGAGUUGACGGAUGACCAUCUUCGCCAGGUUGUCACGAUGUCUCAUAAUUUCAAGUCGUACUUGAAAGCGGUGCGCGGGAAGGAAGAGAGUCUGGCGUUUGCGGCAGGGAUCAGGAACGAUGCCACUGGAGCUUCGGGGGGUGGUUUGAGAACGGUUGAGACUCGUAACGCUCGGAUGAUCUAA